AAUUUGAUUGACGAACUAAAACUUACUUUGACAUUUUGCUAAGUUUACCCCAGUUGAGCUAGUAAUAAAGUAAAAAGACAAGACAAGAAGAUCAUUCUAUAUUAGAAAAGAUGGGUAUAACUAUAAGGCAAGCCACCAUAAAUGAUAUACAAGCUAUGCAAAAUGCCAAUCUACAAAAUCUUCCUGAGAAUUAUUUAUUGAAAUAUUAUAUGUAUCAUAUAUUAUCAUGGCCACAAGCAAGUUUUGUAGCCACUACUUAUGAUACUAUUGAUAUUGAAGAUGAUGAAGAACAUGAAGUAGAUAAUUAUGUAGAUAGUGAAAAUGGUGAUAAUAAAUUUGAAGAUAAAGUACAAGAAGUAGAAGAUCCUAAAGGAGAUCCAGCAUAUAUAGCGAAAGGUGAAAAAAUCAUUGGGUAUGUAUUGGGGAAGAUGGAAGAUGAUCCAGAAGCAGCAGAUAAGACACCUCAUGGACAUAUUACAUCUUUAUCUGUUAUGAGAACUUAUAGAAGAAUGGGUCUUGCUGAGAAAUUAAUGAGACAAUCAUUAUAUGCUAUGACUGAAAGUUUCAAAGCCGAAUAUGUUUCAUUAAAUGUUAGAAAAUCUAAUAGAGCUGCUAUCCAUUUAUAUAGAGAUUCAUUAAAUUUUGAAGUUACUUCAAUAGAGAAAUCUUAUUAUCAAGAUGGUGAAGAUGCAUACGCUAUGAAAUUAAUGUUGGAUUUAGAUGCUUUAUUACCAUCCAAAGCUCAAAAGGGUGAAGUAGAUGAUUUUACUUGUGAUUUAUUAGCAUAAUUUUUCAAUAUGAAUUCAGCUCAUAAGAGAAUAGAAUCUAAUAGAAUAGCAUAGCAUAGAAUACGUCUGAAAAUU